GAAAGAGUUAUGAUGUGGGAAUAAGACUCAUGAAAUAGUGAAAGGUAGUGGUUGAGAGGUCGUUGAGGCUAUUUAACAUCUCAUAAGCACAGCUAGGUUGAGUCAUCACCGACGAGCAUUAACUUGUUCUUGAGAAUGGUUUGGUUAUAUAUAAGUGUGACUAUUGAGAUUGAUCAAAUGAAACAAAAACUGCAUUUAUAACCUAAGUACCACCCUCUCUUCUUCUUCCUAUAAAUAUACAUAUAUAUAUUUAAUCAAGUCAUUCUGAAGUAUAGAAUAAGAAGGUAUUAAAAAAAUGAGCAUAUUUUCUUUGGUGACUGGGAGACCAGGCCCGAGUGGCUAUGGAUCAGCCUCCACGGCCGAGCAAGUCACUCAAGGGAUUGAUGCAUCUAAGCUCACUGUUAUUGUCACUGGAGGUGGAAGUGGGAUUGGGUUGGAGACCUCAAGAGUUUUGGCUCUUAGGGGUGCCCAUGUGAUCAUUGCAGCAAGGAACACUGAGGCUGCAAAUAAAGCAAAACAAGUGAUUGUGAAAGACAUAGAAAAUGCAAGAGUGGAUGUUCUAAAACUCGAUCUCAGCUCCAUCAAAUCUGUUAGAUCAUUUGUUGAUAACUUCCAUGCUCUUCAUCUUCCUCUUAACAUACUAAUAAACAAUGCUGGUGUGAUGUUUUGCCCAUUCCAGCUUUCAGAAGAUGGGAUAGAGAUGCAGUUUGCAACCAAUCAUCUUGGUCAUUUCCUCUUAACAAACCUCCUCCUUGAUAAAAUGAAAGACACAGCCAGAACCACUGGUAUUGAAGGCAGGAUUGUGAAUCUGUCUUCCAUAGCUCAUCUCCACACUUAUGAAGGAGGAAUUUGCUUCGAAAAGAUCAAUGAUAAGAGUAGUUAUUCUGACAAAAGAGCAUAUGGCCAAUCCAAACUGGCCAACUUAUUACAUGCCAGAGAACUAUCUCGUCGGUUACAGGAAGAAGGAGCAAACAUCACAGUGAAUUCAGUCCACCCAGGAUUGAUAAUGACACCUCUUAUGAGGCAUUCUGCUCUUCUGAUGAGAAUUUUGAAGGUUUUUACAUGUCUCCUAUGGAAGAAUGUACCUCAGGGGGCAGCCACAACAUGCUACGUGGCAUUGGAUCCAAGGCUGAAAGGUGUAACUGGGAAAUACUACCUGGAUUGUAAUGAGAUGGUGCCUGGUGCUUAUGCCAGGGACCAAAAACUGGCCAGGGAGCUCUGGGACUACAGCAACAAGUGGAUUAAUUCUACUUCAAUGUCUUGAUCAGAAAAACUACUUAUCUUUAUUUCAUCAUUAAUCUUAAUGCUGUGUUCAUAAUUAGAAAAAUUCAUCAUAAUAAGUGUGUGAGAGAGAGAUUCUUAGUGAAUUCAGUCACUAUUCAUCAUUAUGCCUUGGCUUUAUAUUUUAGGCCAGGCCACCUCUAGUUAUUUAUUGAAAUAGUUGGAUUCUGUUUGUAAUUUCAAUCAGUAUUGAUAUAGUACAAUCUCUUUCUUUAUUUACAA